AACCAGCCUCGCUUUAACACUCGUGUUCCCCUCGCCGCCAUCGCGAUACCUCUUGCUUCGGUAGCUGACGGGUCUUUUGCGCGGCUCUUCGCUUCGAGGCCUAUUUGGAUCACUUAGAAAAUGGCGUCAGAUGAAGGAAAGCUCUUCAUUGGAGGACUCAGUUUUGACACCAAUGAACAAAAUUUGGAGCAAUUGUUCUCGCCUUAUGGUGACAUUGCGGAAGUGGUUGUGGUGAAAGACAGAGAGACUCAGCGAUCCAGGGGCUUUGGUUUUAUUACCUAUUGCCGUCCUGAAGAUGCAAAGGAUGCCAUGAGAGCCAUGAAUGGAGAGUCUGUGGAUGGACGUCAGAUCAGAGUUGACCAGGCUGGGAAAUCUUCCCGUGGCUCUUCUGGAGGCAGAGGGCGUGGACGUGGAUUUUCUAGAGGAGGUGGUGGAUAUGGAGGUGGCCGUUAUGACAACAGAAGCGGUGGAUAUGGUGGAUCCAGAGACUAUUAUGGCAGCAGAAAUCAGGGAGGCUAUGGGGACCGUUACUCUGGAAGCUCUUACAGAGACAAUUAUGAUAAUUAGCUUGCACCGAGCAUAAAUCCUUCCUGACUCAAGAUCGUCCUUCCAAUGGCUGUAUUUAUAAAGAUUUUUGGAGCUUCGCUGAAUCUUGUUUAGUUCUCUACCUGUAUCUUCCCUUUUUUGUAGUCUUAUCACAAGCAGCCCAACAGCUUCUGCUACAGGAUGGCCUAUUAGAUCUUUUUGGAGGAAUUUUUUUUAAUUUGCUUUUUUUUUCCUUUUUUUAUUUUUUACAGGUGUGUUUAAGCAUUUUGAAUAAUACAUUUAUUGUUUUCCCCCUGAUUUCUUUCAACAAGCCAAGGUGGGGGGGGGGGUCUGACCUAUAUAUCACCUAUAAUUCCCCAGAGCCUGAGCAAGGUGUGAAGAUCCUCCUUGUUUUUAUAAAUGCAUUAAUACCUUGUAGUUUUGUAAAAGUACUAUGAUGUAGUGAGGAAGGGGCAUGGUGGAAGGCAGCCCCCCCCUUGAUUAUUAAGGGAGACUCGUGUUGAUCUUCAGAAACAAAUUUAUACUGUAUGAUGUACCUAGAACCUGAAGCUUGCAGAACCUGCAAGUUCUUGAAAAACUGUUUGUUUAUAUUUUUCUUUUAAACUGGAAGACUCACAUGUAAUUCAAUAUUGUACUAAAAGUGGUUAAGGUAUUCCUGUAUUCAGUUCUUUGGCUUCACGAAGCCUAUUAAAUGCCCUUCUGAAAAUGAAUUCUGUUCUUGACAUUGUAACACUUCAACUCUUUGCAGUCAAGUUAAGGCUGCAGUAACUACAUGGGUACUUGGAUAAACAGAAAUCUUGAUAGAGAAACUCCAUCACAUAAGUGGGCAAGCUACAAGCAUGAAGUUUUAUAAAAUAAUUUCAUAUAGAUGUUGCAGUAAAAGCUUGAAAAUCAAGCUUUUAGAACUAGAAGGGUUGUUUCUGUGUUACCUUAAUAGAAGUGUACAAAAUAGGUUUGAAACAUUUCAGGUGUAAAAUUUUAUGAAGCUCUUAACAGGUAUUUUGAAGUUUGGACUGCAUCCCAGAUGCCUGAAAUGGCUCAUUUCUCACAUAGAUGUUUAACCUUUUUUUUUUUUUUUGCAUUGAACCAUUUGAACGUUUUACGGUAAAGUGCUGUUAAAUUUGCAUAGAAGACACCAUUGUGGCCUUUUUUUUAGGAUUCCCUGCCAAGUUAUGCAUUACUUAGAUAUAGCAAAUAAAUACAUUUUAAAGGUUAUCAGAAAUGUGAGAUUCAAUUUAAAUAUGAUGAAAUAAUUACUUCUGGUUCCACUUUCCCAAGCACUAUCAUUUGUUGCUCAGUUUUUUAUGCAUUAGUUAAAAGUGUGUAAGUUGUCAUAACAGAUGAUUUGUCAGUCACUCUUCAUCUUGCCCAUUGAUCCUCUCAAAGUUUUAGUCCCUAAAGUAUUUUGUGACAAUCACAAUGCAUACAUACUGGGGCUGUAUGCAUAAUCAUUAAAGAAUCACCAAUAUUUCUAAAGUGAGGUUUCAGUUCAGAGGCACUAGAAGAAUUUUUCUAAAUACACCAUGUUAAAAUACCCUUGAAUGUUGAGUGUUUCUUGCUAAAAUAUUAGAGCAAGUGACUAUUAAAGCAGGAUUAUAGUCCCUUGCUGAAAUCUUUCAGCGUCCUUCAAAUCAGCAAUGUAAUUAUACAAUAUUAAAAUGAAAAAAUAAUGCAAAUUUCCUCAGUAUAAUUCAUAGCACUGACUGUAAUUCAGCUGUUCCUGCAGAUUCUUAAUAUUGAGUGUAAAGUAUACAUCAAUCUAUAUGGACUCAGGAAAGAGCUAAAUUAAUCUUUUGUUGUAUUUAUAAAAAUACCAUUUUGUGACAAAAGUGGGCUUCUGAACUGUUGCUUUUUGAGUCCCAAAUCUUAACUCAAAAAGGAACUUGUUGAUCCAUUGCUGAUUUUGUGGUAUCAAUUUAUGCCACAAAAUUAAUGUGGCACAGGUAUAUUACAGAAAAUAUUAAAAUCCUGCGAAUACUGAAACUGGAAGAAGCAAGUAAUGAAACUGCAAGACUUUGUACCAAUUAUAAAUAUUGAAGUAUUUUAAUAUAAUAACCCCCAUCUUAUGGACCAACAUGACCGCAUGAAUAAAUCAGGUAUCUGAAGAUGAUAGUACAUGUAUGUUGAUACAUGUCUUAACUCCUAAUUCCAUUAUACCUGGUGAAAGUAGUUGGUGAUAACAGAUGGUGGGACUUGUUACAAGAAUUUGAUAUGGCCACCCAGAAAGGAAACUAAUGAGUUUCAAAUAAUUAUAAUCGUGCACAGGUCCAUAACAUUCUAAGAUUGUUAUGUUGAGUUGCACAUAAUGUAUUCAGUGGAAGUGCCUACAGGUUAAUUGACCUAUAGCUGAAUCUUCCAUGUUCUACAUUAAGGCUUUGAUGUCCUGUGUAGAGACAACCUCUUACAGGUAGUCCUUGACUUAUGACCAGGAUCUCUCAUUAAGCAAAGUGGCUGUUAAGUGAGUUGCACCUAAUUUUACCACAUUUUUGCCAGGGUUGUUAAAUCAUUGUAGUUUAAGUGAAUUCUUAGUUAAAUCUGGCUACUCCACUGACUGCUUGUCAGAAGCCAGCUGGGAAGGUUGCAAAUGGCAAUCGUGACCCUCGAACACUGCAAUCAAAUGCUAGUUGCCAAACACCAGAUUUUCCAUCGUGAUGGGAUGCUGCAAUGGUCGUAAGUGCGAGGACUGGUCUCCAGUCAUAUUUUCAGUGCCAUUGUAACUGGUCACUAAGUGAAUGUUUAUAAGUCAUGGGGUAUCUAGUAAAGUUGCUGGUCUUUUUGAUUUUUGUCUCUUGAAUGUAUAGAGUUGCCUUGGAGUGUGACCUGGACAGCAAAUAAAUUUGAUGAUAAUGGUCCUGUCCUUAAAGGAAACUGGAUGAACAUAGCAUAAUAUUUAAUAUAAAUUAUCCCCAGGAUAAUGAGAAUUCACCUGGAAGGCUCCGUUAUCAAAAUAUCACAUAAUGAAUACUGAAUUAGAAUUGUAACCUGGCUUUAUUUGGCAGGUGGAAGGGGCAUCUGGAUCCUGGAAGAGUUUACCUCAAGGCUGGAGUUGAAAACAGACUUGCUCUUUGGGUACCUCUUGAGCUUCUGUCUUGUGUGUAUGUUAAUGUGGUCAUUUGCAGACUUGAAUAUUAGAUGGUCAAGUCAGCCAGUGUAAUAAAUUUGGGGGGAAAGUACUAAUUCUGUAUGUUACUGUUUGCCACACAAAGCCCUUCUUAAUUAAGGCAGGCUAUGGAUCUUUGGUUGUGUUGAUCUAAUAUAGUUAGUCAAACAACCAAAUGGCAUCCUGACUAAUAAGACAAAGCUCAUGAAAUUUGGAAUGUAAUUUUUAUAAGAUGGGUUACUCAUUUAUUAAAAUACUUGCUGUGGCUUUAAAGGAUUUUCCUUCAAAAAUCUAUUUUGCUAUUUGUAGAGUUCAUCAAAACGUGAUGGUUUUGAUAAAAAGCAGUACUUUUGAGCAAUGAAAUGAUAAAUGCCACAGCUCUCAAAUAAUUGAUCCCAAUUCGUCCUCUUAAGAGUUAGCCUUUAACCCAUCUGUUAAAUAUCACUCAUUGGAAUGACCUGUAGAACAAAAGGAUAAUAUCUUCUCCAGUGCUGCUGCUUUUAUGCCACAUUUGUGUCCUGUGGCUUAUAUGUAGUGAGUGGGUUGUGCCUGGCCUGUAGCCGCCAGCACCACUCUAGAUAUUGUGUAAAUUCAUAUAAGCAGUAGCUUAAUACUGCAGGUAGUCCUCAACUUACAACCAUAAUUGGGACCAGAGGUUUUGUUGUUGAGUGAUGCAGUCCUUAAGUGUUAAGUGCAAAUUUAUACCUUUACCAUGGUCAUUCAGUGACUCUGGUUUUCCCAUUGUCUUAUUGGAAGCUCCCUGGGAAGGUGGUAAAUGGUAAUUGUGACCUCAGAACUCUGCAACUGUAUAUAAUACAUCCCAGAUGCCCAAAUUUUGAUCAUGUGACGGGAUGUGAUGGUUGUGAGGAUUGGUCACAAGCCGUUUUUUAAAACUGCCUUUGAACAGUCAAACAAGUAAGUCCUAGGUUAAGAACUAUCUGUACUUUUAUUUCAAAAAUUCACAAAAGCAAAAAAGAAUAUAAACAUCUGCACACCCACACCCCUUGGAGGUAAUACCAUGCUAUUUGUAGUCCUCAAAAGACGCUUUCAAGACAAUCCCCAGCAACCGCAAUAACAAAAUCCUUGGUUUACAUUCUAUUGCAAUUUUUUUCUGCAAUGUCUGCCAAAAAUGUUUUAUCCUGAUUUUAUAGAUCUCUUUACCAGAUGCCAUCAUACUGUUUACAACCAAGUCAUAAAACCACAAAGUAAAAGAGGAAAGUUCUUUUGGUCUUAAUGCCAAGAACUGUUUUAUUUUAAAAAAACAACAGUUUUCCUCUUUUGCUUAACAUGUUUUGGAUAAAUGACAAAAGUAGGAAUUCUUAAAAAUAUUUUCCCCUAAUCUUAUUCAGGAAAAUUGUAUGAUAUGGGGAAUUUCUUCAGUGUGGAAGCAUGAAUGAUAAAGUUUAUAUUUCCUCUAUAUUGCCUUCUAGUUUCUUUAAUUAUCAACUAUCCAACUAAGGUAAUGUACAUUAUUUUCAGUUGUGGGAAGCUGCCUUUUUUAGGUUAGAUGCAAAAGUGUUUUUAACCACAAGUGUAAGUUAAUUCUGGGUGUUGAUUGUGAUUUUUUUCCAUCGUGAAGAAUUAUUUUAUGAUGCAGAUUUAUUCAACUGAAAGAGGCCAAAAUAAAAUUGUAAUUACAUGUCAGUAAGUCAGGAAAAGGAAGUUAGCUUCUGAGGAACAGAAAGUCUGCUGAAAGUCUUCUGUAGCUUUGAAAUCUACAUUGAAAAAUGACAUUUGAAUCUACUAAUUGGCUGUAGGGGACCAGCUUGGUGUAAUUAUGUUUUCCUCUCUUCCAAAGGUAGGUGAAAGCUUCAAGACAAAAGUAUUAUACUUCCUUUCUUUGUCUUUCAGAAUGAGCCAGCAGGUGUCAAGUGCGGGAAAUCAGGAUUCCGGGCAGUUCAAAAGAAUAUAUAGGCUUAUUGCAUGCUCUAAAGCUCUUUACAAGAGCUCUGAACUAACAGUCAAAGCGAGUUGGCAGUAGAUAACAGUCAACGGAAUUCAAGGUGGGCUGGACUUAAAUCUGUUGUGGGCAUGAAGGGACUCGAGACUGAUGAUAUGUUUGACCCCUCGAGCUCAGCCUGGUCAUCUACAGUGGAAGAUCACAAGAGGAGCUACUGUCACAAAAAAUCUUUUAACGAUUAUAUCCUCAUAGUGUCCAAAUUACAAGGAAGAAGACCAAAAGCUGCAUUCCAUUGCCCAGAGUACAUGAAAUAGAAUAAUGAUCUUAAAUCACAGAAUACAGAUUACAAGUGACUGUUGGGAAUUGAUUUGGGGGGUGGGGGAGACAUGAACAAUUUAACAAAGGAAUCCCAAGUAAUAAUGAUUCCUCUUUACUGGAUACUGGAUUGCAAGCAGCAAUCAGACUCCUUUCUGGCAUGCUUUAAUAUAUUCUCGCCCUGACUGAAAGGUUGAAUUUAAAAGCCUAAAUAGUCCCUUUCAGCAUGAUGAUUCUAUGAAUUAAUUUUAAAGAAAGGUACUUUUCAGGACAAAGACUGGCAUAUUAUUACUAAGAUAUAGUAAUAGUUGGGUUCCGUGGUGCUUAGGCAAGGAAAUACUUCCGUUUAUAGCAAAAUUGGUUUUUUUUUUUUAAAUCACCUAUAAGUAGUGGCAAAGCAAGAGUGAGCAUUGUAUUAAGGUGGCUUCAUUUUAAACUACUGAGAUGGGAAGCAGAACUGUGUGCGUGUGUGUGUGGAUUUUUUAGUGCCCUCCAAAUACCUUUUGAGCAUUGGGACCAGAUUGUAAAAAUGCUGCAAGGAUAUUUAUUUUAAAAUAAUUUUUUUCUAGAAGUCA